AUGAAUGUAAAGCCGCUCCUGCAACAGCUGCUACAGUUGCGGCGGUGGCUGCUGCUGCAGCAGCUGCUCUUGAUGCUGCCGUUGCCAUUGUUGCUAUUGCUGGCAUUGCUGCAACUGACGCCGAUGAAGCGGGGCACGAUUGUCAGCAACGACAAAGGCAAUACAACAACCAGACGCAUUCCAUCCAGAGGCGCUCACAUGGGCCUCAAAGAAGCAAUCGUUGCGGCAAGUGCGCAAACGGAAGCAAUGGCUGUGGCAAUAGCAGCAACAGCAGCAGCAGGUGGAGGCGGCGAGCAGCAUCCGACCGCCGAUUUAGUGGAAAGCGAAACCGGGACGAUUUCCCAGGACUUGGGCAUGACGCUGUAA